AUGGCCCAAACAGGUGGAUCCUACAACAAUCCCUUGAAGAAAUUCAAGCUGGUCUUCUUGGGAGAGCAGAGCGUCGGCAAGACGUCUCUCAUCACGAGAUUCAUGUACGAUUCCUUCGACAACAUGUAUCAGGCGACAAUUGGCAUCGACUUCCUGUCAAAGACCAUGUACCUCGAGGACAGGACCGUUCGGUUGCAACUAUGGGACACGGCAGGACAAGAAAGAUUCCGCAGCCUGAUCCCCUCUUAUAUCCGCGACUCGAGCGUCGCGGUUGUCGUGUACGACAUCUCCAACGCCAAGUCGUUUCAAAAUACCAAGAAAUGGAUCGACGACGUGCGGGCUGAACGGGGAAACGACGUCAUCAUCGUGCUCGUGGGAAACAAGACCGACCUGAACGACAAGCGAGAAGUGACGACACAGCAGGGCGAGGACGAGGCCAAGCAUAACAAUCUAAUGUUUAUGGAAACCAGCGCCAAGCUUGGCCACAACGUCAAGAACCUCUUCAAGAGAAUAGCGCAGGCACUGCCGGGCAUGGAGGGAAGCGACGCAGCUGCCCAAGCGUCAAGCCAGAUGAUUGACGUCAAGACGAACGCGUCCCAGAAUGCCCAAGAAGGCUGCUCAUGUUGA